AUGGCUGCCAACGAUAGCACCAACAACGCUGAAGGCACCAAUGCUGCUACUGGGCCUGCUGCACCAGCUGCACCAGCUGUGCCAGCUGUGCCAGCAGGACCUUCCACUCGAUUCUAUAGCAAACAUGCUCAGAAUAAGGGACAGUAUGGACGCCGCUGGGACUCCUCUGAGAGUAAGCUCGAGAUCUCUGGCCCUCCUGGCGCUCUGAACUCCUUUUCUGGGCCGCGCCCUGCAGCUCCUGCAGCUCCUCCAGCAGCCUCGAGACCAAACCCAGCCGCUCCCCCGUUUACACCUGCUCCUAGGAAAUGGGGUCCAAGCCCUGCAGCUGGAGCUUCAGGGUCUUCUUCUGCUGGCGCUGACACUGGAAAAGACUACAAGCGUAAGAACCGCAAGUUCAAGCCUAAAAAGGAGAGAAAGGAUGGCACGCCAACUAAUACGCCUGUGUCUGAUGCCCCUGAUGGGCUCAAGGAUACCACUAACCGCCGUCCUCAGAGACGCAAUAUGCCUGGAACUCGCAACCCAGGUAUGAGACGUCGAAACGAAGAAGGUGGACGCUCUGCAACCCCAGGAGCCAACCAAGAUGAGCCAACAGUUGUCGAAGCCCCUGCAAACGACAAGACUCCUGCUGUCCCUGCACAGGAAGACAAUGCUGUCAAGGAACAGCCAGUUGGCACUGAGGAGCCCAAGGCUAUGACGCCGCCCAAAGAGGAGGAUGCCAAACCGGUCGAAGUUAACCAGGCAUCCGAUGCUCCUGUUCCCAAAGACGUUGAAGUGUCUCCCCCAAAAGACGCUGAGGAUACACCCAAGCCUGCUUCUGAGCCUGCAGAGGAAAAAGCAGAGGCAGUGCCUUCUCUCAUCAAAUGGAGCCCCAUCUUCCCUCCAGGUGGUCCUAGACCAACUCCCGCCCUCAACGACGGAGCCUCCGGCGAUCAGCCUAAACGCACCAACUACGUCGACGCGAAUGGCAACUACCAUGCCCCCAAUGGAACGAUCAUGAGCGCUGAGCUUCUCAAGCUGUUCGCUACUGGAAAGAUCCGCAACUCGCUGGGCGAUAAGGUGUACUUCAUGCCGUCCUUCAUUGAGAACCAUCCCCCAGAGGGCCAGCAGCCCUAUCCUCUUGCCGGUACCCCCUCGCGCAUCUUCUAUGAUCCUAGAGACUUCAAGAAGGCCUCGCAGUGAGCGAUGAGUGAUAUUUUCGUGGUAGUGGUCUGGGUAUACUUUAGUCGGAGAGGUACCGUUGGCUAGCUAAAACGGAAUAGGAGACAACAGCUGACAUGGGAAAAGAAAAUGAAUUGGAAUGAAAAAAGGUGCAACAAACAUUCUCAGUCGCAGCAACUACUGUGAUGUAUGUACAUCUGAACCAAGAAGGGGAAAAGAGGAAGUGAAAAAAAUAAGGAUGUUAGGUAGGAAAAAAAAAAAGGAGAGGUAGCAUGCAAGCAGACCAGCUCAAUGAAAGAAGUGAUAUCUCUCCAGGCCAGGGGGCGUACACCACCCACACCCACCACACCACUCCAGAGCAGCCGACAGACAUAAUACGUACCUUUAAAGGUAGCAAGCAGCAGUAGAGUAGACGUUAAUAGGCAGACAGGGCCUCCUUUAUGGUUAUCUUAUGUGCGAUGUUACACCUCAGCAAGAUCAGACCCGAGGAUAUAUACACCCACCCACACCCAAAAACAAUACCAUCCACGGGACCCCGUCGGAAAGGGUAUUAUUCGUAUUACAGGGCAUAAAAAGAGCAUAAAAUAGUAUAACAGCCUCUCUCACGGGGCCAGCUACGGCAGACGUAUCAGUAUUACGCUUACUGUUACUGUGGGAGGAUCAAAUAGGUCACUUGCCGGUUCUACGCCACACAGCUGAGCAAGCAGCACUCGAGGGGACCAUAUACGGCGGAUCAGCACUACGGCAUACAGGCGUACAUAAAUUACAAGUCUAGAAGGGAUCCAUGGGCCCGGUACGCGCUAAUAAGGGCCGUUGAUAGGUGGAAUCGUCUUUUAAGAGUUCCCGAUAUGCAGGUUCCCUUGCGCACCUCCC